AUGACUUUCCCCGUUGAGCCCGGUCAGGAGGAGAUGACAGGACUCCCGUCCUUGCGGAUGUGGGCGGCCAUGGCCGGUGUGUUUCUGUUCGGUGUAGCACUGGUCAUUGGAUUGUCGGUAACGCCCACCCAUGUCGAAGCCCAGACUGCUGUUGACGUCCGUCUGGACGGAAGUUGGGCCCACUACCAAGGAGAAUUCGCAGAUCCUACUGCUGUGGACGAGACUCCCCUUGACGACCAAACGCCCAUCCAACCAAAUGGGGACGACAGCGACUGGUAUCUAACGACCCUGGACCAGAAAUACCAAGUGCCUGUCCGGGCCCGUGUUCCGGGAAGGUCCCGUGAGGUCGGAGAUGGAGUCCCGGACAUGGAUGGCGACAACCAGGACGCACCUGGCGUGUCUACGGCCCUCCCGGAUGGUGACCUGGAUGGAGAUGACGACUGGGAGAAGAAGUACAGCGAGAAGCAUCUCAACAGCGGCGACGAAAAACGUCCCACCUCUGCCAUGACGUCCGGGUACAACAGCUCUACCGGCAUGUCUGCACGAGACGACUCCUCUCUCCUGGAUGGAAAUGACGACCCUGUUCGUGAUGAAGAAGAAGGCACCUCUGUGGUGGACGCGAUGACUCUUGAGAACACGAACUCCACGGUCUUGGCAAAGAAUCCCCAGAACCACGACAAGAACCACCACGUCCGCAAGAAUCCGGUCAAGAAUGCCGACAAAAUGACAGUGAUCGUGAUGGUCGGUACGGUGGUGACAUUCUCUGUGGUACACAGGCAUCAGUGUAUGACACAGAUGCCCCGUUGGGUUUAA